GUAUAUUCCAGCAGUCCGGCGGCGGGCAUACCAUACGCAUCCCUUAUAAAUUGUGUUAAGUUGAAGUUACAUAAAUAGGACCAAUAUGCUGCGUUCGGCGAUCAUGUCAUCGACCCUGGCGAAGGGUCUUCAAAGGGCAACUCAGAACUCGAAUACACUGUCUGUUGUGCCCGCACUGAAUAUGGUUUUGGUACGCCAACAACAAACCCUUCCGCUCGCUGAAGCGGCGCAGAAUUUGCCCAAGAAGGGAUACUCUCCAUUCGGAACCAAACAGACUUCCGUCGCCGAGUGGUCAUUGGCCCGACUCGACGAUCUUCUGAACUGGGGCCGCAAAGGCUCGAUUUGGCCACUAACUUUUGGUCUGGCUUGCUGUGCCGUCGAAAUGAUGCACAUCGCAGCUCCUCGAUACGAUAUGGAUCGUUAUGGCGUUGUUUUUCGUGCGUCCCCGCGUCAAGCCGAUGUCAUUAUCGUGGCUGGUACUUUAACCAACAAAAUGGCACCUGCAUUGCGAAAGGUCUACGAUCAAAUGCCCGAGCCACGGUGGGUUAUUUCGAUGGGAAGCUGUGCCAACGGCGGUGGCUACUAUCAUUACUCGUAUUCCGUGGUACGCGGAUGCGACCGGAUAAUCCCUGUCGACAUAUAUGUACCUGGUUGCCCACCAACGGCCGAGGCAUUAAUGUACGGAGUCUUGCAGCUGCAGAAGAAAGUAAAACGGAUGAAGACUCUCCAGAUGUGGUAUAGGAAAUAAGGCAACGAUGAGAACUUAAACUUAAAAUGUGAAAUAUAAAACGACAUACAUUUUUUUGAACAGAAAUUAUAUUAAAUAUUGUUCUGUUAACGUUCAGUUGUUGUAUAUAUCGUUUUUGGAUCAAAAGGAUAUUACAAAUAAAUGGCUUUCGAUACAAAAAUCAA